CCUGGCUGUCUUUCCAACGUUCCAUCUAUAAUUCGUCAAUUGCGGAGCAUGUCGUAUUUAGGGAUCAAGGCGGUGAUAUUUGACGUCGGAGGCGUAGUGUGCAAGAGUCCUCUGAUUGCCAUAGCUGAAUAUGAACGCCAACACGGUUUGCCAAACAACUAUAUCAAUUGUUCCAUCGUCGCUCGCGGGCGUCAAGGCGCAUGGCAGAAGUUCGAGCGCGGCGAACUGCAGCUGUACGCGUUCUACGACGCGUUCGGGCGCGAGCUUUCCGACUUCGAGAGCGGAAACAGGUGGUACCGCGAGUACUGCGCGAGGAGGCAACUGACUUGUCCCGAGCUACCCCAGUCGCUCAAUAUCGACGGGCGCGAACUCUUCGGACGGAUGAUGCGUGGUUCUCAUGAAUACGACGCCGUUGUCGUCGAAGCCAUCCGGCGCAUACGAGCGAGCGGAAAAUACCGCGUGAUCGCGCUGACGAACAACUACGCCGUCGCCUCGGACGGCAUACCGCAGGACGAGCUGCGUUUCCUCGGCUGGGACGAGGGCCCGACCCCGGCCCGCCUCCGCGCGCUCUUCGACGAUUUUUGCGACUCGAGCGCGCUGGGGAUGCGGAAACCCGAGCCCGAGUUCUACCUCUUGGCAUGCAAGCGGAACGGGAUACGGCCGCAAGAGGCGAUCUUCCUCGACGAUCUCGGCAUUAACCUGAAAGCUGCGAAGGAGCUGGGCAUGGACACCAUCCACGUGCCCAUCGGUGGCUCGCUUCAGGCCAUCAAGAAAUUGGAGUUCAAGCUCGGGGUGGAUCUCACAAGCCCGACACCGUCCUCGAAAUUAUGA